AUGGCUUUCUUGAUCAAGAGCAUGAUUGGAAACCCCCUGUCAGGAAUGGGGCUUGGUGGUGGAGGUGACAAAGAAGAGGAGGCCACCCCCUCAGAUCCAGCCAAAGCAGCAGGGAUGACACGCGAGGAGUAUGAAGAGUACCAAAAACAAUUGGUGGAGGAGAAGAUGGAGAGAGAUGCAGAUUUCUUACACAAGAAGGCAGAGAGGGCAACACUCAGGGUGUGCCUCAGAGAUAAAUACAGGCUGCCAAAGAGCGAGCAGGAUGAGAACAUGAUCGAGAUGGCCGGGGACGACGUGGACGUCCCGGAGGAGCUGCUCAAGAUGGUGGACGAGGACGCCACGGAGGAGGAGGGCAAGGACUCCCUCAUGGGCCAGAUUGGAAACUUGCAGAACAUGGACAUGGACCAGCUGAAGGAGAAGGCCUCGGCCACCGUCACCGAGCUGAAGAGCAAAGCAGAGGAGAAGUGCUCCGUCAUGUGAACGGCUAAAUAAAGAAAGGUGUUUGGAUAAUGAAGA